UCGGUCUGCAACACGGGCGCUUGCAGCAGGGUUUCAAGUUAUGGAGGAUUCACAGACAGAAAGCUUAAGUGACCCGCCGGAGUCACGUGAUCCAUCAGAAUCUGGACGUCAUCGGCCUUUGAAUGCGGAAGCAAAAUGCUCCAUUCGCAGCGGGGAGAAACAGUUCGCGGGUUCUGAGUGUGGACGAGGCUUCAGCAGAGCAUCCAGACCGUCAAGGCAAAGGCACAGUCGCUCCGGGGACAAACCAUGGAAAUGUGGAGACUGUGGGAAGGGAUUCAAUUACCCAUCCCAUCUGGAAAUUCAUCGCCGCAGUCACACUGAGGAGAGGCCGUUCACCUGCUCUGUGUGUGGGACAGGAUUCACUCAGUCAUCCAGUCUGAUGAUACACCGGCAAAUUCACACCGGGGAGAAACGGUUCGCCUGCUCUGAGUGCGGGAAGGGAUUCACUCGGUCUGACAGACUAAUGACACACCAGCGAGUUCACACUGGAGAGAAGCCGUACACCUGCUCCCAGUGUGGGAAAGCAUUCACUCAAUCAUCCAGUCUUAUGACACACCAGCGAGGUCACACCGGAGAGAAGCCAUUUGCCUGCUUUGAGUGUGGGAAGGGAUUCACCCGGUCUGACAAAUUAAUGACGCACCAGCGAGUUCACACUGGGGAGAGACCGUUUGCCUGCUCUGAGUGUGGGAAGGGAUUCAGUCGGUCUGACAGUUUGAUGACGCACCAGCUCGUGCACACCGGUGUCAGGCCGUUUGCCUGCUCUGAAUGUGGGAAGGGAUUCACUCGAUUUGACAAUCUGAUGACACACCAGCGCAUUCAUACUGGAGAGAAGCCGUACAUAUGCUCUGAGUGUGGGAAAGGAUUCAGUCAUCCAUCCAGUCUAAGGAAGCACCAGCGAAUACACAAGUGACUGCAGAAACUGGAUUCUGCUGUUAGUGCUUUUGAUCAUGUUCUCUGCCCCCAGCUUGGGUUCACUGACAGUUCUUAUAGGUAGGCUGAAGGUUAAUAAUCAUGACAAAUGCCAAAUAAAUGGUCUUGAUCACUAACACUUAAUGUGCUGUCAAUUUAGUGACUGGGGUUGUACUCCUAAAGAGCUUAAGAUUGAAGAUUUUCUAAUGUUGGAUGAGGAGGGAGUAGCUUUUCUGCUGGUGGGGUAAUCCAGGAUAAGGGAACCUGGAUUUUCAUGCACGGUGGUGAAACAUUCCUGCAAUGGUCAAAGUCUGAAACUCUUUACCACAAGUGGGAAUUGAUAUUGGGUGAAUUUUAAACACACGAUUCAGGAAAUGAAAAUGAAAACGCAAGGAAACCUGAAAUAGAAUCAAAAAUUGUUGGAAUCAGUCAGAUGCAUCUACAGGGUAAACAUUUCAGGGCAAGCAUCCUUCAUCAGAACUGAGAGAGAGAAAAAAGUCAGCGUUAAGGUGCAGGGAAGAUGGGGAAGGGAUAGAUAGGAUGAAGGGAAUAUCACAAAAUAGAAAGGUGAAGUUUUUUUUUAAAAACAGUGAGUGAUUAGAAUAUGUUGAUAUUAUGAGGGGCCUGGGUGCCUUUGAACACAAGUCACUGAACCCAAUGUGCAGGUGUAGCAAGAGAUUCAGAAGGCAAAUGAUAUGCUGGUUCUAUGAAGACACCAAUUGAGGAAAAGUAGAGAGAUGUCUUGCUGCAAUUAUAGAAGGCCUUAGAGUGUACCUGGAAUGGUCGUCCCAUCCAAAAGGGGAUGUAUUUACCACAGUGGGAAUGCAGAUAAGUUUCAUGAGAUUGGUUCCAGGGAUGAUAGAUUUGCUGCAGGAAGGGAGGUCUAUAUUCUCUGAAAAAUGAGAAGAGAUUCACUUGAAAAGUUACUACAUUCUUACAAGGCUCACUCUACAGACUGGUUAUAGGGAAGAUGUUUCCCCUGGCUGAGGACUAUUAGCACCAGGGGUCACCGCCUCAGCAAAUGGAUUAGGUCAUUUAGUACUGAGAUGAAGAGAGCAUGGUGAACUUCUGCAAUUCUCCAUCUGUGAAGUCGAGUCUUUGUGGUUCUUCAAAGCAGAGAUUGAUAGAUUCCUGGAUCUUAAGGGCAUCAAAGAAUAUGGGGAUGGUGCAAGAAAAUGGCACAAGGUAGAUGUUCAGCCAUAAUCCUGUGAAAGGCAGAACAGUCUCGAAGGGCCAAAUGGCCUUCUACAGUUCCUGCUUCUUAUGUUCUUGUAUUGUUAUGAGGCGGUGCAGAGCUGGGUGAUGUUACAGAAGUGGGAAUCAUUAAUCUGGGUGUUUAAGUGGACAUUGAGUCUUCCGCCAUUCAAUCAUGGCUGAUUUUUGUUUUCCUCUCUCAACCCCAUUCUCCUGCCAUCUCCCUGUGACCCUUAGCCCCCUUACCAGUCAAGAACUAUACUAACUUGAUUGUGUAAAUGGAACCAGCCAACUUGCUUUGCUAUUCUGCCUAUUCUUCAGAAAUGUCCAAUACCACAGAAUCUUUCGUUCUCAGCAAUGGCCACCUCGCAAUCCAACCCAUUUAUUUCAAUUUAUGCCAUAAAAUAAAUUCUCUUUGGUAAUGCGGUAUGCAUUCAUUGAUUUUUUAAAAAAAAACCUUUGACCAGUUUUUCCCAUUUACACAGUCAACCUUGGGUUUCUUCCUCCUGUGACACUCUGGGUUUAAAUGUAACACCUUGAAAGAUGAACUUAAAAUGUAGACAUUAAAGGUUUCAGUGGCUGUGUUACUUACCCCAGCGAUCAUCAGUGCAAUGGUCCCAUCCUAUUCACGUUACAGGCCUGAGAGGACAGGCUUGAAAGUUAACAUGUGGUUUCCCGCAUGUGCGUGAUGUGGGGCCAUAACGUAAACACCCAGACCUCUGUAAUAGAUAGAAGGGGAACUCUGGAAAGCAGCUUUCAGCAACAUGGAGUCCAGUUUAGGCCCAGGAACAGCCCCCAAGGUGAGGCAGAAUUGGUAAGGCUCCAGAAACUCUAUAGACUGCCAUACUGGGUGGUUUGUAAAUGAUACAAAAUUAGGUGGAAGGGUAUGUUGUGAUGAGGACAGUGUGAUUUUGCAAUGGGAUACAGAUAGAGAUUUCUUUUCUCUCUCCAAUGAAGAGUGCCUGAUCAGUAGGGCUCUUCCAGCAUUCCCAUUUGUAUUGUCGUGGCUGUCACGUGACAACACUGCCCCUACCUGGUUGGAAGACACACCACUGCCAAUCAAGGUUUGGCUCCACCCCUGCCCAUCAGUGCACACUUGACCACUGGUCCCUUUAAAUGCCUCUGAACCUGGCCCCGGGCCAUUGGCCUGUUUGAACUACCU